AUGGACUCGCCUGUCGUAACGCGAAUAUUCCAACAGCUCUUUGCAAGACCGUCUCGACGGUGUCUUCGCCUGGCAAAUGCACCUCGGUACCCUGCUGCGCGACAGUUCAACCAGCGCAGGACGUAUGCUCUCCGACGAAAGGAAGAUGACCAGGAUGGUGGCAGCCCCUGGCAGCAAAGAAUCGAUGCAUUCCCCAAGGACAUGACACGGCAACUCCAAGAAUAUCCCCGUGUCACUGCAAGCGACCUUCGACAUCGAACACAACGGCCGCGGAGGGUCAAAAUGCUGACACGAGACUUCAUUGAAGAUAGUCUCUACAAUCCCAAUUACGGCUACUUCUCGAAGCACGCGACCAUCUUCAAUGCCGGUAAACCCUUCGAUUUCCCCUCCAUCAAGGACGGGCAAGAGUUCAAUCGCAUGGUGGACCUAAGCUACGUCGAGUUCGAAGAUGCCCUGGACGAAGUCGAGCCCGACGAAACCAGACAGCUUUGGCACACGCCCACCGAACUGUUCCGACCUUACUACGGAGAAGCGAUCGCGCGGUACUUGGUGACCAACUACAAGAUGACGUUGUUUCCAUAUCACGAUCUGAUCAUCUACGAGAUGGGCGCGGGCAAUGGGACGCUGAUGCGAAACAUCCUCGACUAUAUCUAUGAGUGGGAGCCCGAGGUGUACGCGCGGACACAAUUCAAGAUCAUCGAGAUCUCCACCGCUCUGGCCGACCUGCAGAUGACCAGCCUACAGAGGUCGCCUUAUGCCACAGAGCACGUUGAUCAUGUGCAAAUCAUCAACCGCUCCGUGUUCGACUGGCGGGAAUACGUACACUCGCCAUGCUUCUUCCUCGCGCUGGAAGUCAUUGACAACUUUCCCCACGACUGUAUCCGCUACAAUCCCGAAACCGAGGAGCCGCUGCAGGGUAGUGUUCUGAUCGACGAGGACGGCGAGUUCUUCGAGUUCUACGACCGGAACCUCGACCCCGUUGCUCAACGAUACCUACGCCUUCGAGAGGUCGCUGCGCGAUCGCCCUUCGUCACGCCCGUGUCGCAGCCGAAAAUCCUUCGACAGCUGCGCCACUCGUUACCGUUCGCCCCGAACCUGACUCAGCCCGAAUAUAUCCCGACCCGACUGUUGGAGUUUUUCGAUGUCCUGCACAAGUUCUUCCCCGCCCACCGUCUCGUCCUGUCGGACUUCAAUUAUCUGCCCGACGCAGUGCCAGGACUGAACGCGCCGGUCGUGCAGACCCGGUACCAGCGGCGCAACGUGCAGGUCACGACUCCUUUUGUGCAUCAGGGAUAUUUUGACAUCUUCUUCCCCACCGAUUUCGCCAUGAUGGAGGACAUCUAUCGUGCCAUCACCGGCAAGCUGACCAGAGUUUCGUCACAUAAAGACUUCCUCGAAAGCUGGGCCUUCGUCGAGGAAACCCAAGUGCAGAACGGAGAAAAUCCCAUGUUGAGCUGGUAUGCAAAUGCCAGUGUCAUGACGACGGUCUAA